AUGUUGUUGUCUCGUCGUGCCUGCUACAAGUGUGGCAACAUUGGCCACUACGCUGAGGUCUGCUCUUCCUCCGAGCGUCUCUGCUACAACUGCAAGCAGCCUGGCCAUGAGUCCAGCAGCUGCCCGCGUCCUCGUACGACUGAGACCAAGCAAUGCUACAACUGCCAGGGACUAGGCCACGUUCAGGCCGAUUGUCCUACGUUGCGCCUUAACGGUGCCAACGGCCGCUGCUACAACUGCAGCCAGCCCGGCCACCUUGCCCGCAACUGCCCCGCUCCUGCUUCCGGUGCUCCCCGGGCCCCUGCUCCCCGCGGCGGAUUCAACAGCGGUUUCCGUGGUGGAUACGGAUACCCCCGUGCUGCUACUUGCUACAAGUGCGGUGGCCCCAACCACUUCGCCCGUGAUUGCCAGGCUCAGGCUAUGAAGUGCUACGCCUGCGGCAAGCUGGGUCACAUCUCCCGCGACUGCACUGCCCCCAACGGCGGUCCCCUGAGCUCCGCCGGCAAGGUCUGCUACAAGUGCUCCCAGGCCGGACACAUCUCCCGCGAUUGCCCCAACAACGAGGCCGUCGCUCAGCAGCCCGUUGACGCCGCUGCUGCUCCUGCUGCCCCUGCCGCCGCCGCUGCCGAGGUCAGCGCGGAGGCUGCUCCCGUUGCUGCUGCGGCUCCUACUACCGCUGUCGCAUAG